AUGCCCUCAGGAGCCGAAGGCUUCGACACCAACGGCCGGCCCGAUGACCUCCUCAAGCGCAUAACCUACAACGCCAACAAUUACGGCAAAGGCGCGUUCCUCUUCGCCGACGCCGACGCGGGUCCCGAGGAUGAAUCGAGGGCGCGACGCAAUCGCUUCCCCAAGCGAGAGAACCUCGAGCUGGAGCAGAAGCUGUACGAGACCAUGGAGAGGCAGGCGGACGAGGUGGUGAAGGCCAGGUUGGCCGAGGCGGAGAAGGCGGCUAAGGAGUUCAACUGGGACGUGUACGUGGACCCCGACGCGAACGCGCCGGUCGAGGCGGACGCCCGGCCGGGAAUCUCGCGACCGAACGGCGACGGGUGCGGGGCGGCGAUGCGCGCGGCGCUGCCCCCCGCGGAGCCGGUCGAACCCGAAAGCGCGCUCGCGGCCGAGUUUGGCGCGAGGUGUUCGGCCAAGGAGGCGCGAGGCGCCCUCGAAGCCGCCGGUGGGGACCUGGAGAAGGCUCGCAAGCUGCUGGAGAGCCUCGCGUCGGGGCGGGGACGCGACGGACUCAGACUCGAGAGGAAACGAAGCAAAGACGGGGACAAGGGGAAGAGGUCGAGGAAGUCGAAGAAGAGGAGGAGGAAGCGAACCAAGUACGACAGCGACAGCGACAGCGACAGCGACUCGUCGUCUCGCUCUUCAUCGUCGUCAUCGUCGUCAUCGUCGUCCUCGUCGAGCAGGCGACGCAGGAAGAAGUCGAAAAACCUACACAUCUAUAGCUAG